AUGGACCCGGAUGCUUCUUCCAUUUUGGCAUCAACUUCUGUCAUAAUUACAAAUAAAUCUGAAAGUUGUAUUGAUAUACGAGAAUUCCUAUAUCAAAAUGAAUCAGAUUUAACGUUGGAACCUAUAACAAUGGUUACAUUUGGAUUUAUUUAUUCUUUAUUUGUCACAUUAGGUGUUAUUGGCAAUUUAUUGGUCAUUAUUUCUGUUUAUCAGAAUAGAUCGCUACAAUCUGUUCGAAAUAUUUUUAUCGUUUCAUUGAGCGUCUCGGAUAUCGUCGUUUCCAUAGUUUCUGGAUCGGUGACUCCCAUCUCAGCAUUUUCGAAAACAUGGCUUUUUGGAGCAAAUAUGUGCUAUUUUGUGCCGUUGAUUCAGGGAACAAGUUUAUGCUUUUCCACAUUGACCUUAACAGCAAUUGCCAUAGAUCGAUUCAUUCUCAUCAUAUUUCCAGCAAAAAAACCGAUUCAAAUGUCCAUGGCAUUGAAGAUGAUUUUCCUCAAUUGCUCCAUUGCGGCUUCUGUCUCGUUUCCUAUGUUUUUGAAACAACGAUUGAGUCAAUUUCAAAAUUUCUGUGGACAUUUUUGUGCUGAAGAUUGGGGAAAUGACUUGUAUGCACGUUCCGUAUAUGGCACCAUCGUCUUCAUUCUCCAAUUCGUUAUUCCUCUCAUUAUCAUAUCGUUUUGUUAUUUAAUGAUAUCUUUGAAACUUAAACGAGGAAUGCUUGUGAGGAAUUCGAAAAACGAAGAGCUCAUCAUGACGGAACAACGUAAAGCAGCACUGAAACGUCGAAUGCGCACAAAUAGAAUGUUAAUCGGAAUGGUUGGCGUCUUUUUUUGCUGUUGGAUGCCGUCUGUCGUCUUCAAUUUUCUUCGAGACUAUACUUGGCUGCCAGACUACGUUCGACAUCAAGAAUAUUUAUUUGGGGUUAUAACUCAUUGUAUUUCCAUGAGUUCAACUAUAUGGAAUCCAUGUUUAUAUGCAUUGAUGAACGAACAAUUUCGUAUAGCAUUCGUCUCUUUAUUAAAUAAUUUGAAAACAACUGAUAAAAAGAAGACAAGACAUUGUUCACGCCUUAUGUCCAAUACAACUUUACUGAAAAGUCAUUCAAAUACUACUAAAAAUGAAAUUGGCUCAGAUUAUCAGACGAACAUGUUAUAA